AGGAUCUCUCGCAUCGUUUCAAUCAACCCCUGAAGAUGAUUCGUUAAUGGUGACUAGAAGACGGGAGGUCUCAUCGACGCGUCGUGGCAAAAAAUGGCUUAACAACGGUCCAAAAGUGGCGAUUUGAAUUUCCGUUAGCAGCAAUAGACGCGCCACUUCUUGCUGUAUUUGUAACAACCACAAUGGCUAAGUAGCUUUGCACACUUUCGUGAUUGUGCGGCUGCCUUCGUGCUUGACGUGUCGUGUGCCUCCCGUCUUCUACUGUGUUCCUGGCGGUUAUCUGCAAUACAGAAACCGAUUUUCGAAUUCUUUUCCACGGUUUUACCAACCAACGAUAUGGCCAUUCUACCUCCUGAUCCAAUCUAUCUUCUUCGAGGAGACAUGGGUCCUGUUCAUAGUCUCUUAUUCAGGGUCUCCCCUUACAUCGAACACCUUUACGCAGCUGCAGAGAGUGGCAAGAUUCACAUUUGGGAUCUAAGAAGAAAUAAAGUGUUCAGCAAGUUUAUUGUUGGUAAGAAUCCAUGCUUAAAUCUACAUAUUAUCGGUGAUGAACGACUUAUAACUCAAGAAAAAGGUGGUACAGUUAAUCUAUGGAAUCCUAGCAAAGCCAUAUGGGUUCAGGAAAAGAGUAUUGAUACUGGAUAUUGUGGAUUUUGCAGAUCUCAGAUGCUCUCGGAGGAUAUUCUCUUAGUGCCAUUAAAGGAAUCCAGUAUCGGUGCAUUUUCUUUGAAAACCUGCAGUAUCGAAUACAAACUUGAACCUUCGCAGUUAACUGAGGGUGCUACAAAUCUAGGAGAAGUAAUGACACUGAAGCCAAUUGUACUACAGGACAAGGAGUUGGUUCUGAUUUCUUAUGAAAGUGGUGAUAUUGCACUGUGGGAUAUCAGUGCUAAGAAAGUUAUUAACUGGCUAAAAGUCGAAAGUUGUCCAAUGGCCGUCGAGUUUGAUAUGUCUCAUAUGCGCGGCAUUGUUGGAAGUCCAACAGAAAAGCUUCAGGUUUUCGAUCUAUCCAAAACUCACGUACUUUCCCUCAAGACUACAUUGACCCUAAAAAAUCCAGGAACUUCCGUUAUAACAACGCGACCGGAUGCUAAAGUAUUCACGGCUGGUGGUUGGGACGGCAGACUCAGGAUUUUCUCUUGGAAAACUUUGCGACCUUUGGUAGUCUUGGACCAACACAGGGCUACGAUUUUGGAUGUUGUAUAUUCAAACUCCAAAGUUGAAGCCUAUGACAGCAAGUGCGUCAUGGCGGCUGCUGGAAAAGAUGGAACUGUCUCCCUCUGGAAUCUGUACAAUUGAAUUGGUACAGAACGAGCAGUUGAUUUUCUGAAUUCGGUUGGAGGAUAAAACUACUGAGCGUUUUGAUUGCCAUAGCCAAAGAGCGGAUAAUGUAGCUGAAAGACGAAGAAAAGAAACAAUCUUUAAAGGAAUCCGGAAAUUAACCUAACGCUUAAGCGCGUCUGGAGCUACGGCGUAGAGCGGCCAACUUUAAUUAUGUUUCCCUAUGGCCAUCAUUUUCAUAUACUUUGUUAUCCCAAGCAACGUGAUCGUCCAUGAUUAACGGUGAUCGCUUCAUGCGUGGCCGUCCUUUUAGGGAAGAUAAGGAGAGGGAAAUCCGUAAGAAAUUCGUGUUUAGGUUAGCUCGAAAUUCGUAAUGUAAUAUUGUUAUGUGAUUAGAGAAGGGUGACAGGUGUCAUUCAAAUUCCAUUAAGUGACACCAACAUGGCGAAAUGAGCGCUUCGAAUCCACAGGUCGUAUUUUGAAGUGUCCUCUACAACCAUGGGUAGAGUUUUAUUUUUCUAUUUAUAUUUGUAAGUGUUAUAUUCCAUGAAAAGCUUGCUAAUCAAUCGUUUCUUUUGUUUUACGGUCCAUGGUGUCGAUGCGUGGUGUCAUCGCAGUGCUGCGCGGCACGUAGCUUCUCCUUUUCUUGAAUUUUCUUAAAGAACUGUCCAUGUACUUAGUCGCGCGUACCAGGACAUCAUUAUUAAACCAUCAGGUACCUGAUGGAAAUAUUCAGGAAGUGGAUAAUUAUUAGUAAUCAGGAUAAGAGUAAUGGCGCGCUCUGUUCUUGUGCAAAAGAAGGCAAAGAAAAAUAAUGAAGAAGUGGAUAAUAAGUUUUCUUAGUGGAAGGAUCUCGAGGUGUCGUAUUGUAUUUCUCUUAUUUUCCGUACGCAGGUGGAAUGUAAAGGAAGAGAGAAAGUGAGAGAGAGAAGCAAAAAAGAAAAGAUAAAAACUAUAUGUGAUGUCUUCUCGGACAGACCUGAUUAGAAAUUUAGUUUAUCGACAUGAGAUUAAUAUAUAUUUUUAAUAACAGAGUUGAAAACCAAAAUGAAUUACUUGUUAACUACUAGCCUGUUAUACGCGAUUUCUAUCUCUGUAUAUUUUUGCUAAAUAUCAAAAAUAAAUACAGCGACAAACACA